AUUGCUCGAUAGUAAUUGUCUUCCACUCCACUUCUAACUAACAAUUUCAUCACAUUAAACAAUCUUCGACUAUAUAUACUCAUGAACGAACUGUUUACGAAUGUAUCAGUCGCUUUUUGGUAACCAACCGCAUCAGUUCAUUGAAUUAUUAUUCAUUGAUAAAUCGGCUUCAACUACAGUCACAAGUGGCACAAGUAUAUAACAUCACAAUGAAGGAAUUUCCACCUACUUUUAUCGAAGGCUUUCACGAUAAGGAGAGUGUGCAAAAAAUGGAGUACGUCGAAUUGGGGAAAACAGAGCUCUUGGUCUCAAAGAUAUCUAUGGGAACUGCAACUCUUAGUCAUUUUUAUGGUUCGGUAGAUGAAGACGAAGCGAUAAAAACGGUUCACGAAGCAAUUAAAAAAGGUAUUAAUUUCAUUGAUACUGCGCCAUGGUAUGGACAUAGAAAAUCUGAGGAAUUACUUGGCCGAGCAUUGAAAGGUAUCCCAAGGAAAUCGUACUAUAUCGCGACUAAAGUUGGACGAUACGAAGCCGACGUGGAAAAUAUGUUCGAUUUCAGUGGCAAAAAGACUAGAGAAAGUGUCGAGAAAAGUUUGGAACUCUUAGGAAUUGAAUGUAUCGAUGUUAUCCAGAUUCAUGACAUUGAAUUCGCUCCGGACCUAGACAUUUUGCUGCAUGAAACCAUUCCAACUUUAGAGGAGUUACGACGUGAGGGAAAAGUUAAUUUCAUCGGAGUAACGGGAUAUCCGUUAAAUGUUUUAAACAAUUCUGUAUUAAUGGCACCGGGACGAUUUUCAACUGUGUUAACUUAUGCGCGCUACACAUUAAUUGAUCAAUCAUUGACUAGUUAUUUGGAAACAUUCCACGACAAUAAACUCGGCAUAAUUUGUGCUGCCGGUCACAGUAUGGGUCUAUUAACAAACAGUGGACCUCAGAGCUGGCAUCCGGCUUCGGACGAAAUUAAAAGUGUUUGUAAAGAAGCGUCGGACGUUUGUAAGGAAAAUGGCAUCGAGCUUGGUAAACUGGCAAUGCACUUUUUCAUUAAAUUGGAUGGUGUGACUACAUUUUUGGUUGGCAUGCAGAAUUCUCAGUUGCUGAAUAUGAAUUUAGACGUUUACUAUAACGGAUUGACGGAGAAAGAGGAACAGAUUUUGAAUGAUUUACAAUUGAAUGUUUUCUCGAAACUAGAAGACAGUGAAGCAACACACUGGGAAGACGUUGAAUUGGAUAACUAUUGGAUGGAAUAUUGGGAUAAAAAGAAGAAAAAUAAAAAUUCCUCUUGAAAUAUGAAA